GAAACAUUUAAUGAUCAGCGCCAAUUUCUCAAUCCAGGAAACACUUUGUUUGCUACACAUGCUAGACAGCACCGCAUCGUACUCUUUGAUUUCCACGCUUUCAGUUCUUGCUUUAUCGUGACAAAGGACCCGAACGAACUAAGAUAUGCUGUCGCAACCUCUCAAUCUCUCACAUGGUGAAGGAGCCUUUACGUGGGAAUAUUCAUUAUCAUAAGGUCUCAUCGUGGGAGCUUUGCCGACUAUCGAAUGGGAUAAUAAUAGACAUGCUAUGCUCUUACCACAUCGAGCAUGUUUUUGGGGGUUUGGGGGCAUGGCUGAUCCGUCGCGUCAUCCCAGUGCUUUGGUACAUGCACUCAGCAGAUCCCGAUGCUUGGAUUCCAAACCAUUUGGCCUGCCUAUGAUACCUUCAGUCUUUUACAUCGUUUGUCUGCUUUCAAGUGGACGACUCUGGACGAUGCGUAAGGUAGGCUCCUUGGCUGGGAAUGUCUCUGAAAAGCCUUUUGUUCGACUUAAACCCCUCAGAUCCUUGCCAACCAGGGGGUCGAUAAUUUGUCGACGUCUUGGAAUCGCAUCCGAAGAGUGAGGCACAGGACGAAGCGAGGAGAGGCAACAAACUUCUCAGGCGCCUGUGCCAUGCGGAAAAACCCAGAAAAAAUGCCAGCCAACGUGCCUAUCUCGUCGCUAAAACCACCAGAAGAAACGAGACGCCUUAUUGGGCUGGGGCGAUAUUACCAGUAAGAGUACGACUCGUCGCACGCCAAGACCAUAUUUUAUAGCAGUCUUGAUCAAGUCUCAAAGUGCAGCUCAGACCAAAUUCUGACAUUGCUGGCAUAAAGUGAUCUGUCAAGCAAACAGACUCGAUGCCUGAUCCCAGUAUGCAACAAAGAGUAUUCCUUCAGGUAGAAGAUGUGCGUGCGGAGCGCAGGUAACGAAUUCCAGAUCCUGGCUCAAUCAUAGCGGUUGAAAAUGACUCGAAGCGAGUGGAAGGAUGCGAGCGAGUUUCCCAAAAUUGCGACUUGCAUGAGGAGAGGUGGUUUUCCUGGUGUGUUGGACUCACCCGCCGCAGAUGAACCAGGCCUAGCUUGACCCGACAGUUUGGAUAUCACAGUGAUAGUGCGACAUGCCCACAUGAGCCUUCCAUUCACAUGAUAAGAGGCGUCGGUCGGGGGACUGGUUCCGCUGCAGCUAUGUGGAUAAUAGUCGAUGCUGGAAGCUGAAGUGAGGACGCGGCCGCCCAACUGCUUGCCGUUGUCUCUUGUCGUGUUGGGUUGACCCGGGCCGGCCGUCAUUCGUCUAACAGCUUCGCUUCGCCAGCCGUCUCUUCUCGUCUCGUCUCCAUACGCAAACUAGACCGGGGUCAGCCCGAUCUCUAGGGCGCAGAUAUAGGAUUUCACCUUUCCAUGAGGGUUUAUGGAAAGGACACACACUACACCAUCUAUUGAGCCAAAGGCUGACUUGGAAACAGGCUUGUAUAUGUUGGGUUGCAUGCAUGAUGCAGUCGGUUACUGGUCAUUGAAACGAAACACUGAGCAGCUAAUGGCUUCACCAGGAGCUGAAUACCAAAUCAAACAUGAAGGCAGAAUGACACCAUAGGCCAGGACAUAGCUGUACCAUAUCAGAUGUACCAAAAACCAGGGUAGAUCUGAUCGCCAAUGGCCCACGGUGAGUGUCAAUCACAAAUUAAGUAGUGUUGGGUAAAUAUCAGGCGCAGAGAAGAUACCUUUCAACUACCUUAACGAGCUGCCUGUCUCAGCCCCAAUGCACAACCAACAGCUAUAAUGCUGAAGGAUGUCGGGUAGAGAACGAACCACAAACACCCUUGCACCUCGACCCAUAUCCGACGUGAAAUCUUGGGUGCCGCAACUAUUUGUUUGCUUGCCAUCAGAGGCGUGCAUGAGGUAGGUUGGUAUGGGCAUUGUUGGAUGCCAUACACUUCCCUAUCUGUCCCCUCCUUGGCUAAGGUGGUCAUUUAUAGAAGCGCAUCUCUCCCACAGAAUGUUAUCGAGAUCACACACACUUCUACUGACUUUUUCUUAAUUGAAGAUGCUCUUGAUCCCACGACAACAUGCUGGCCCCGUUGGCCGAGCAUUUGAACCUGAGCUCAAUCGCCCUUCGUAUCCCCACCAGAAGAAGUAUGCGUCGAGUUGUCCAACCUGGCUACCAAAAGUUCUUCAAACAAACAAAGUAUCGCUAUUAGAACGGCUCCCCAACGAUGUGCAGAGGCUCAUUUUUUCGGACCUGGACUAUCAGUCUCUCAUCUUCCUGUCCAUGGUGAACCGACACUUUCAUCGCACAGUAGACCCCCAACGCAUGGCAACACUACGAGACAAGUUUGAGUUGGUAAUGAGAGCAGCAAAGGACUUCCCACAACAUUGGGCCAGCGAGAAAAAGAAAGACCAAAGACCCGGAAACUUGGAGUGCUACUGGUGCUUCCGUGUACGGAGUCCGCAACACUUUGAUGUGUUACAAGCCAACACGGCGUACUUCGACCCACAAGGCCGAUUGAUACCGGAGCAGGAGGCGGGACCUCAAGACCGGCUUAUGCCCCUCCGCCGCUUCUGCAUCGGAUGUGGAGUAAAGGCUGGACUUCACGCACCAUCUGACUGCAUCGUGACAAGAACUGGUCUGGACCUCUGGGUUUGCCGAUGCCGACGUGUGUGGCAGAAACCCAACUGCCUGCAGUGUCCAGACUGCUCUUCAACUUGUCCACUGCGGCCCAAAAGAAGGUGGUGUGGCUGUGACUAUUCGUCUGCGCGACCCCAGCAUUGUGUCCUAUUGCAUCAGGGAAUUUAGGUGAUAGGCAUCGGCAAACGAAAGGCGUGCCUGUAUUAUGGAGACUCCCACAUAGAGGCUCCCACAUAGAACAAGGCCAUAGUUUCAAGGUACAUAUGGAGCUGAGGUUAGUCAGAUCGAGUCAUGCAUGGGUCGAAUCCAAGGGACACUUUACAUGAAACUGGGGCAAGAGACAUCCGGGGUAUGUAAAACUAUCGAUAUUCAUGUUGGCAUUGGGGAUUUUGAUAUGUUACUAGCGACUAAUUAGAAUGAUUCUUUCUUCUUUGAACCCGAUUACUUCCUCAGGCGUGAAAUCAUGACCAACGUAACCAUUGGACUGAAAUUCCAGAGAUGAAAAGCUAGAAAGAUUUACAUCCUUCUUGAAACAAGGU